AUGGUGGGUGUCCGGGACCGAGGCCACGCUGGGCAGCGUGCAGGAUACCUGUGCUUGUGCGUGGAGAAGGACGAGCUGCUGGGGAGCACCCUCAUCCUCACGUGGGUCCCCAACUCUCGGAUCCAGAGGCAGGACGAGGAGGCAUUGCGUUACAUCACCCCCGAGAGCUCCCCCGUGCGCAAGGCACCCCGCCCGCGGGGCCGGCGCGCCCAGAGCCUGGGGGCCCCCCGCCAGCCCUCCCCGACGGAGGCCAGGCCCGCCCUGAUCCCCAGAGACGAGGACACCGCGGCGGUGGCUCAGAGCGUCCAGGACGCCGUGCACGUCAGCCCUUCCCCCCCUUCCGAGGACGGGGAGAGGCUGGCCCAGGGCUUGGGGACGGCCCUGCCACCAGCCCACAGCGACUCCGGGAUCCUGUCGGCCGUCAGCUCGCAGGAUGGGACCGAGGAGGGGCGGGAGCCGCGGCCCGAGGCCGGCGAGGAGGAGGGCUCCCUGGAGCUGUCCGCCGAGGGCGUGAGCAGGGACAGCUCCUUCGACUCGGAUUCCGACGCCUUCUCUUCGCCCUUCUGCCUCUCGCCCAUCAGCGCCGCCCUCGUGGACAGCGGCAGCUCCGUGUUCCUGGACAGCGAGAGCGGCUCCCCCUGCGGCGCCGACACCCCCCUGCGGUUCCCCGACGGCCACGGCCUCCUGCAGACCCCGCGCUGGGACGAGCCCCAGAGGGCCUGCGCGCUGGAGCAGAUCUGCGGCGUGUUCCGCGUGGACCUGGGGCACAUGCGCUCCCUCCGUCUCUUCUUCAGCGACGAGGCCUGCACCAGCGGCCAGCUGGUCAUCGCCAGCCGGGAGAGCCAGUACAAAGUGUUCCACUUCCACCACGGCGGCCUGGACAAGCUGUGCGACGUGUUUCAGCAGUGGAAAUACUGCACCGAGACGCACCUCAAGGACCAGGUUUCCAAAGUGCAGGAGCAUCUGGUCGGUGGCCAGCUGCUGCUCAAUGACGUCAUCCCCGUAAAUGGCCACGAUGGCCACGCAGAUGAAAAGGUGGAAGCCAGGAGUCUGCUGCACCAGUUCCGCCUCCUGCCCCGCAUCCCCUGCAGCCUGCACGACCUGUGUAAGACGUGCGGGACCGGCAUGUGGGACAGCGGCUACAUACCCGCCGUGGAGUGCACGGGCCACCACCCCGGCUGGGAGAGCUGCCCCUAUGGGGGCACGGUGGAGACGCCUUCGCCCAGGCCCCCCAGAGAAGGCAAGAAGGGCCCCAAGAUGCCUCGGGACGGCUUCGGUUUCCGCAGAUAG